CGGGCUAUUACCAUCUUCGUCAGGCAACCAGUUCCGCCAGUUUGUGACGACUCGCUCGCUAGCCCUUGUAAUCAGCCAUACACUUCUUCCAGAUUUUAGAUUUUUUAUCGUUUCUUAUACAGAUUUGAGUGGGAUUUGUACCAAGCUGAAAAAGGACUGUUGUAAAAUUCAGGGUAAGUUUCUGAUUGUCUAUUUCUGAAGUGUUUUAAAAGUGUGUAUGUUCAUGCAAUAGUUGGGCCAUUUUAAGAAGAAAUCAAAUAUAUCGUUGUAGUAAAAAAGUUGAUCAACUUUUCGUUUUAAACGUUUCCAAAUAUGAUGAUGUUAGAUGAAUUGAAAAUUAUAGUUUUCCCAGAUUUUAAUCUUUUUGAAUAUCACCUGAUCAUAUAAUGGGCCAAUUAAAUGACGACAAUUUAAUAAGGUGUUAUAUAGGAUAUAUCACAUUUCGUCUUAAAAUGACCUAAAUAUUACACUUACUAAAAAUCGUAUUUGGGGUUAGUAGCAUUUUAACUUAUUUGAAGACACGUGGGAAAUUUACUCAACUAAUUAUCCUUUUACUUGUUUGUUUUGCACAUAAAAUCUGUUACGUAGCUCUUUUCCAAAAUCGAAAAUUCCUGUCAUAGAAUUCCUGCUUAAAACACUCAGGUUACAAUAUUUUUGUUUAACCUAGAAAUAACUCUAUUUGGGUUAACUUGUUAUUCCUCGCGUUCCUGGUUAUUCUGAACUAGUUCCUACUAUAUAUAUAAUCUAGUUAAUUUGACCAGUACUUUGGAUAUUUUCCAACCUAGGGCCACUCCAAAUUUAUAGACUUUAGUUUUCCGUCCUCCGUCCGCGUUUCCUAGAACUGGCCCCGCAUGAUUUGUCCCUCUUCCUCGCCCUCCCGCGUGUAAUUUGAAAUAAGGGCCGGAAGGGAAAAUAAAGUCUAAUUUUGAGUGGCCCUAUCAUAAGUAUAACCAGGAAUAUUAAGUUGACCUAAAUAGUGUUAUUCCUAGGUUAAUUUAAUCAGGAACGUUUAACCUGAGUGUGUUUAGUGUGUAUGGAAGGCACUGGUCUUUUCCUUUCCCUCUUCGGUAAAGAAGUUCAAUAUUUGUCGCCACAUGCCCCCUCAUAAAUGCAAAUGACUUGAAUAGGAAAUACCCAUAUUCUCUAACAACACUAACUUUAUAUAUUUCGAUGUUUACAGUACGUUGUUAGUAUAGUAAAGUGUAGUGCACAUUAAUGUUUCAAUAUAUAGUACAAAAUUUAAAAUUAAUAUUUGCUUUUAUGGCCCCAAGACUUGCAGAUAAGGUAACGGAAUUUUAUGUUUUCUUCUAGAUGACGGACAUCCAACAAAAAGUAAGGCCAAAUUUAAUCGAAAUCGUUGUUUGCAUCCCGAAAUCGUUGAAAUUGUUGAAUGCGCCUGCAACUUGUAUAUAUCACCAAAGUUAAUCGAUAUAUGGUCUGUAAAUAUAAACGUAAAUAUACUGUGUUUCAAAAUCUUGUUUUCUUUCCAGGUACUCAAGAAAUAAUCCCUACGACUACGUAUAAGCGUAUGUUUUUCUAAUUUUAUAUAAAUUAAGAUUCUUUUCAUAAAUUCUGUUCGUUGGGAUACAUUAAUCAAGAACAUAAUUAUAGUACCCACUAUAUUAGUGGCGGGCACUAGGCGGGGGGGGGGGAUGCAAAGGGGAAAAACCCCCCCCCCCCCAAUAAUUUGCGAAAGGUUUUGAAUGAUGGCUGAAUAACUGUGCAACAAUUAAAGCUGUAACAAUAACUGUUAAACCAUUAAAGCAUUUAUGGUAUAAAUUAAGCUAUAUAAUGCGCUAAAUUUAAGGCGAAACUUAAUCGCGUAAUCUAUGAAUUUUUUGUUGGUAAUUUAAUCCCUCCCAAUAUUUCGUGAAGUGUCCGCCAUAAUGUUGUAUCUGUUGUUACUGUUCGCCCACAGACGCAAACUGCGUUGAAAUGUUUCAUUACUGGAAUCCAUUUUUGGGUUUCAGUGGUUAAUUUUUUGCAUCCGACAUCGAUCGUCCCCACUCAACCAACAUAUAUUCACAUACCUUGUGUAUUUCUGUGUGUUUAGCUGCAGGAAAGAUGGUGAAAUUCAUGAAAAAGAACAUGUUUCAGUCAAUAAGUACGGACGCUUGGGAUAUAGAAGUCUUUAAAAUUGGUGAUUCGUUGUACUUCGGCUUGUCACAGUUGGGUCGUGCUAGUUUUCAGAUAUAUAAGUGGUAUGAGAACAGGUACGAUUUUCUGUUUUGUAUUCAAAACGUUCGCCAUUAGCGUUUAGAGCUGCUCCCGUCAGUUCAUUAUUGUAAUCAAUUAAUCGUCAUCAACUGU